UCUCUCUCUCUGCUCCUCCUGUCUCCUCCUCAGUGUUUCCAGCCUUGCGGAGCGCUGCAUAUCUGACGUUACUGUCUCCAGCUCCAACCAGCUCUGCUCUCAUCUCUCUGCAAGAGAGCAGUCGACGGAAAGAGAGGACAAGAGAGUUCGCCGCUUCCAGCUUCAACAGCCGGACUGAACCGCCCCAGCUCCCCGACCCCCCACUGACCCUCACGUCCGCCGUCCUCAUGGAGCGCGUCCAGCACAUGACCAAGUCGGCCAUCCGUCGAGCAUCUCAGAUCGAGGUGAACCCCCAGGCCAAGAGGAACCUGCAGGAGCUGUUUGUCAACUUCACACUCAUCCUCAUCUGCCUGCUGCUCAUCUACAUCAUCGUCCUGCUGAGCAGCUGAGAGCAGAAAGGGACACAUGCAGAGCCUGGCAGAGCUCAACCGCUGAAAAAAAAGGGGGGAAUUUCGAAGAAAUAUCUGAUUUUUUUAAAAAAUAAGUCAUUAUAUCUCUGCUUCUCUUAUUACAUUUUAGCAUCUUURAUCCUGUUUGCGUGUAUGCACYGAAAUUUUCUGACCACACUGUGUAGAAGCGACAUUAAACACGAUGCACAUGAAGUGGGAAACAUUCAUGCAUCUCWGAGGUUU